UGGCCAGCCGCGAGUGGUUGGUUCUGGCGCGGCAAGCGCGGUUGGUGCAAAGUGGCGUCGGAGGUCAUUCUGCAAUUACUUUCAGUGAGAAUUUGAUCAUGCAGAUCUUCGUCAAGACGUUGACGGGUAAGACCAUCACGUUGGACGUCGAGCCUUCGGACUCGAUCGACAACGUCAAGCAGAAGAUCCAGGACAAGGAAGGCAUCCCGCCGGAUCAGCAGCGCCUCAUCUUCGCCGGCAAGCAGCUCGAAGAUGGCCGCACGCUCAGCGACUACAACAUCCAGAAGGAGUCGACGCUUCACCUCGUGCUCCGCCUGCGUGGUGGUGGCAAGAAGCGCAAAAAGAAGAACUACACCAAGCCGAAGAAGGUCAAGCGCAAGCACAAGAACGUCAAGCUUGCCGUCCUCAAGUUCUACAAGGUCAACGACAACGGCCAGAUCCAGCGCCUCAAGAAGGAGUGCCCGUCGCCCGAGUGCGGCGCCGGUGUCUUCAUGGCCACGCACUUUGACCGCCACUACUGCGGCAAGUGCCACGUCACGUACAAGUUCUCGACGGAAAACUAAAUGUCUUCCUGCCCGACCUUGCACAACGAUGUAGCCGACGACUUCCGACCAUAACAUGAUCCUGUCUGAAAG